UUUCCCUCCUCUAAGUUAUAUAGGUGUUCUGCGGCUCAGCCUCCACAGGCGCGGGUAACACGAAGAACUGAAGAACUAGCCGUGUGUGCGUCAUCACAGUGAAUAACUUGUGUUCGUUGUGCAGUACUAGUACUAGAGUACUGAAGUGAACUAUCGGGCAUGGAGAACACACCGGAACAUAAUGCGCCCGGAUGCGCGCAUCUGUUGGUACAUCGCUCUGUUCUGAAGGGCAUAAUCGUUUCAUCUUGUAGCCGUACUGAAAACGACCCAGCUGUGCUUCAGAAGGUCAUUGCAAACGUACAGCGAGAGGUCGCCCGAAAAGAAGACACCUUGCGGCAGCUGAACAUAGUAAAAGCACACAGAAAAAAGAACAAGGAGGAGCCCAUCAAUGAUUUGAUUGACCAGUGGCGCUCAGCAGCACAGCAAGCAAUUUUGGACUUUCAACAGCACAUGGCUGAACCAAGGCCAGGCCUGAAAGAUAUCCUUGUGAACUUUCAAAUUGAACCCUCUGUUAUUGGCUACAGCGAAGAUGAUGAUUGCUUUGUAUAAAGCAAGAUGGAUGUUAAAUUUUCAAGUUGAACCUUUUACUACAAUCCGUUGUGAAAGUGGCAAUUUGUUUUGUGCAGCUUGGUCACUAAACAUAUGUUCUAAAAUAAAUCGUACAUGUAGCGUUCGUACUUUAUAAA